UUGUGAGUAGGUAAGAGGGAGGAAGGGAGUGUGCACUCACAUAUUGAUGUCACAGCACCAUGGAUGAUGGGGUAGUCCUGAAAAAACGGGGCUACACCUUAGGUGUCAACCUGGGGGAGGGGUCAUAUGCCAAAGUCAAGUCUGCCUAUUCUGACCGGCUGAAGACUAACGUGGCUGUUAAAAUCAUCGACAGGAGGAAAGCGCCUGCUGAUUUCCUGGAGAAAUUUCUGCCCCGUGAGUUGGAAAUCUUGGCUAUCCUCAAUCAUCGCUACAUUGUAAAAACCUUUGAGAUUUUUGAGACUUCAGAUGGAAAGGUUUAUAUUAUAAUGGAGUUGGGUGUUCAGGGAGAUUUACUGGAGUUCAUUAAAACAAGGGGGGCUUUACCUGAGGAGGUAUCACGUAAGAUGUUCCGUCAGUUGGCACUGGCUGUCAAGCACUGUCAUGAGCUAGGUGUAGUCCACCGGGAUUUAAAGUGCGAGAACCUCCUUCUCGAUAAGGACUUCAAUGUCAAGCUCUCAGACUUUGGUUUUGCUAAGCGAUGCAGUACAGAUGAUCAGGGACGACCCUUGCUCAGCAAAACCUUUUGUGGCUCUGCAGCAUAUGCAGCUCCUGAAGUCCUGCAGGGCAUUCCUUACCAGCCCAAAGUGUAUGACGUUUGGAGCCUUGGGGUAAUCCUUUUCAUCAUGGUGUGUGGAUCGAUGCCGUACGAUGACUCCAACAUCAAAAGGAUGCUUAGGAUUCAGAAAGAGCAUAGGGUGGAUUUUCCCCGUUCAAAGGUGGUUCCUGCAGACUGCAAGGAACUGAUCUAUCGUAUGCUCCACCCUGACACGAGCAAACGGCUCACCAUUGAAGAGGUCCUGGAACAUCCUUGGCUCUUUACUGCCAAAAUCAAAGAAACAACUUCAACCAAAAAAGUGGAACAAAGCACAGAGAAGAAAGACGAGAAGAGAGACGAGAAGAGAGAUGAGAAGCAUGGCCAUACCAAGGACGACCGACAUGAAGGAAAAACAGAGCAAAAGCAAGAUGCAAAGUACCAGUGGGAAAUUGAAACAGGCCAUGAAUGGGUGGACAUGAAACAUGAGGCAAAACACGAGUGGAUGAACAUGAAGCGGGACAAAGCAGAUGGCAAACAUGAAGCUGAGCAGAAAGACGAGACCAGGAAUGAGGGGAAAUCGGAUUUCAAGGGCAGCAUCUCACCUCAGGAAGCAAGGGACACAAAGCACCAUUCCAAAGUACCAAGAUCUGAGCACAGGAGUGGAACCAAGACUGGGUCAAGGGCGGAGAAGUCUCUAAACCAAGAUGCCAGAACCGACCCUGAAACUGACAGCAGACUGGAACCAAGAACAGAUACAAAGAGCAGCAGGCGCAAAUCGAGAAGCUUGAGACUAACUGAUGAGGAUCAUCCUGAUGACAGCGAGGUCUAUCCUGACCAGGAGAGUUUCAUUGAAGCACAGAGCAAGGCAGAGCUGAAAAAAGUUAGUUCCAGAAAGUCAAAAUCUAUUGAAAAACGGGGCAAACAUUCGAGCAAAUCUCGCACCUAG